CUCACAGUAACAACUGCAGAAGCAAACCUUAAAAGUUGUCAAUAAAUCUAGUGGCGGGAGGAAUGGCAGAACUAGGGGCUAUCCCAUACUCACGUCUUGUUGUACCCGCACUUCUUGUGGUUGGCUGGAUUGUGGGUUGUGUGUUAAUGGUUUACAUAGUCUUCUCUUGAUAAAAGAAAGAAGAUUUCAUAAUGACCUUGACUGGAAGAACCCAGAAGUUAAAUGGCACUGUACAAGU